CGAGGGCGCGUCAGUCGGGUUUCUGCGCUUGUCGGUAUAGGUUGUGUGUAACUCUCGGCUCGAGUUCACGUAGUUUAAUAAUUUUAAAUAUUGUAUUUAUUAUUUAAAAAUAACAAGUGAAGCUCUAGCUUUAUCCUUAGAUUGUUUUCGUAGUAAGUGUAAGUUUAUUUUAGUGUGUAGCCUAAUUUUUUUGUGUGUUUUAUAAGUUUAGUGAUUUAAAAUAAAAUUUGACGAUCAAGUCAUUCCAAAUAUGGCCAAGACAGAGAAGUCUUUUCCGAGAAACUUCACAGGUUGUCUAACAUGUGUCCAAGUGCUGAACAUCAUGGUGCUCCUCGGCUUCAUGCUGAACUACGCGCUACGUGUAAACCUAACAAUCGCCAUCGUCGAGAUGUUAUACGACGCAAAGAACCACACAGUUGCCAAUAUAACAGAACCCUUCAAUGGUACAGUAGAGCACCCUGGUCACAUAGAGCAGACCAGGUACCACUGGGACACGAAACAGAAGAAUCUCCUGCUGGGAUGCUUCUUCUGGGGAUAUGUGCUCACAGAACUGCCAGGUGGUCGACUUGCAGAGGUCAUAGGAGCCAGACGGGUGUUCGGCUACAGCACUCUCUUGGCCAGUGUCCUCACUCUGCUGUCUCCCUGGGCCGCUGCUGCCGGCUUCGGAUGGAUAGUGGCCCUGCGAGUAGCCCUCGGCUUCUUCCUCGGAGCCACAUGGCCCGCCAUCCUACCAAUGGCGUCCAAGUGGAUCCCACCGAUGGACAGAUCGAAAUUCAUGUCUAACAUGAUGGCGUCGUCUCUCGGUGCGGCCAUAACUAUGCCGAUCUGCGGCUUCCUCAUAGCGCACUUCGGGUGGGAGUCCGCUUUCUAUUUCACUGGUAUAAUCGGUGUGAUGUGGUCGGUGGCAUGGUUCGCCGUGGUGUACGACACGCCGACGCAGCAUCCGCGCAUCUCCGACACUGAGAGGAACUACCUCACCAAGGCGCUGCCACAAGAUACUACCAAAGGGCACACGCCAGUGCCGUGGCGCGCGCUGCUGUCGUCGCCGCCGGUGUGGGCCAUCGUGGUCACGCACGGCGCGUCCGUGUUCGGCUACUUCACCGUGGUCAACCAGCUGCCCACCUACAUCGAGAGCAUCCUGCACUACAAUAUCAAACACAAUGGUCUGCUGUCAUCUCUGCCGUACCUCGGCAAAUACCUGUGCGCGCUGGCGUCGUCGGUGCUGGCGGACUCGCUGCGCCGGAGCGGCCGCCUCUCCACCACCGCUGCAAGGAAACUCUUCACCGGCUUCGCGGUCGGACUGCCUGGUAUCAUGAUGCUGGUGCAGGCGUUUUAUGGACACGACAGGGUGUGGUCCAUCGCCAUCUUCACCCUGGCGCUCACCAUCAACGGCGCCGUCACCGCCGGUUACCUUGGCAACGGGCUCGACAUCGCACCCAAGUUCAGCGGUACAAUCUUCGGCAUCGCGAACACUCUGUCGUCUCUCGGCGGCUGGCUGUCCACCUUCAUGGUGGGAGAGCUCACCAAGCAUGAUAAAACCUACUUGCAGUGGCAGAAGGUGUUCUUCAUACUAGCUGGCACAUAUGCCUUCGGAGCGCUGGUUUUCCUCGUGUUCGGUUCAGGGGAGCUGCAGCCCUGGAGCUCCCCGCGCCCCGCGCCGCAGAAGAACGAAGAAGAACCUCUCAACGAGCAGAAGGUGUGAGAAGAUGAGAGAACGUGGGAGAUGUAGUGUAGGCAAGCCUAUUAGAGUAACAUGGCCUAGUACACUAUGUAUUGACCUUGUCAAACAAUAUAUUGCAAUUUGUUUUUGCCACACCACGCGACUUCGCGUGAAGCGACCUUUUACGCUUUGGCCAGUAACGCGACAUCGCGUGGUGGUCCCCGACAAUCUUGUACGAACUAUUGAACGUCGGCCUUUUACGUAAUUAUAUGAUUUUGGUCAUAUUUAAAAUAUAUAAAAAUAAUAUAAAAUAGCCGUGCAUGGUUAAAAACUACAAAUUCGAUGAUUUACCUCAUUGCUACUUAAUAACUAUAUUUAUAUAUUUUUUAAUAUUUAAUUGGCUUGCCUACAUUAUUAAAAAGUUUGUUUCAAGUAAUUCCGUCUAUUAAUAUCGUACCAAAAUAAAGCAGAAAAAACCGAUUUCUAAUCGUAUUUGUCUUAAAUGUACAUAAAUUAUUUAUAAUCUGGCACAUAUACUUAUGGUACACAGUACCAUGUACAGUGUAUAGGAGAAAAAAAAUACACACUGAAAAUAGAGUAGACAGAUAAGGCAAUAGACAAUAAUUGAUUUGUGUGCCAUUGUAACUCAAAAAUAUACGAUUUUGAGAUCCCAAAACGCUACACUAAGCCAUUUUGAUUUUCACGGUUCACGCAUUUUCUUUUUUGGAAAGCGAUAGAUGUUUUAUAUCUGUCUAUAAACUUCUCUGUCUACGGAAAAUAGAUUCAUAGACAAUGCAAACUAGAGUUGCCAGGUAAAGUAAUUUAUGUAUAAUAGUUUAAAAUACUUUUCGAAAUCGAACCAAUUUUUACAAAUAAAAGAAACGAUAAACAUUAAAAUAUAAUAAUAAGUUCCUUAGAAUUUGCAGUUGCUUAAAUAAUUAUAAUUUCGAUUUUUAUCAAUUUUUAUCUCAAAAUUACAUUGUUAAAUUUUCUUUUGGCCACAACAUAUCGACAAGAAACAGCUGCAAUUUUGACAAGAAAAUAAUUAUAACAUUAUUUUGAUGUUUAUCGGAGUUUUUGUAGGAAAGUUACAUCGACAGUGGCAAAAAUUACUAAGCAACGACAUUUACUUUGUGAAACAUAUAUAAAAAUAACUACAAUUAAAAAAAAACAUACAUACAGUUGAACGUAGGACCUCUUCCUUUUUGGAAGUUGGUUAAAAUACAAUAAACAAAUAACGUACGUACGUAUAAAAACGGAACCCUAAAAGUAUAGUACUUACUCCUGUCCAGUAAGUCUUUGUAUGAUCGGAGUCAGAUAUUGUCGAAAAAAGAAAAUAGCCCCUUUUUGGAGAAGGGAUGCGGAGCUUACACCCGCCAUGCUGCUGUAAUGCAAGUUGGUGGGCUUUUUCCUUUAUAUUGCUUGGUUAUUUUUUCCCCACUGUUGAUGUAAUUAGAAGGGUCCAUCCACAUAUAAAACUUAUACAAACACAUUAGUGUCGAGAUAGCGUUAAGCUAAAAGCACAUACCAUUCGAAUAUUUACAGACUGAUUUCAUUGUUGCUAUUUUAUAUAUUAUACUGUAAAUAAACGUAAUUUUGAUUCAUUCGUUUUGAAGGUAGUUUAAAACAUUGAAUCAUUGUUUUUUUUUUCCUUUUUGUAUUACGAAUUUACUGUAGGCGGCACGGGAAUUGAAAUAUGGCGAUCAAGGUCAUAACUCACUAGUAUCCUAAGACUAAUAACAACUAUUUAAAUUUAAAUUCAAAAAUUAUCAGUGAGUGACAACCUUUAUGUAAUGCAUUUUCAGUACAUUUACUUGAAGAAUUCGAUUUUCGAAUUCAGUACAAAAAAUGUUAUAUUCUCAAAAUCCUCAAUUCUCGUGACGAAACUGUGUAAUUGUUUAUGAAAUUGAAAUCGCAUUUUGUGAAGUUUAUUUUUCAAAAAGUGAAAAUUGGACGUCACAAAUGCGUCUACGAGCUUUAUCUAUUUCAAUGUCAUAAAGAAAUAGUGCAGUAUUAAGCUGUCUAUCAGCCAAUCUUUGCCAUUUUUAUAUUUAAAAAAUAUAAAUCGAAUAUGGCGGAGGACGGCUGACAGACUAAAUAAAUAUACGUUCUAAAAAACAUAACAUACACGUGGCUGGGAAAUAAAAGUAAAAGGAACUAUUUUAAAUAAAAAAAACAAACUUGUUUUACGAAAUUAAGGCUCCGUUAUAUUUUAUUGAUAUUUGAAUUUCCAUUUACUUAUUUUUAAAAUGCACACAACUGAAAAGUUGGAGGUGCCUGCCCCAAACCGGAUUCGAACCCACACCCUCCGGAGGCAGAGGUCAUAUCUACUGGGCUAUCACGGCUCAUGAGCUACCUUGUCUGUUGUAUAUGAUUUCUUGUAUUAGUAGUAGCUUCAAUAGCUCAACGGUAAGAGAGGUCGGACUCAUCACCGAACGUAUACACGGUAUGUCGUACCCACUCCUAGCACAGUCUUUCCCGAAGGGAAAGACUGUGCUAGGAGUGGGUGUGCUAGGAGGAGUGGGUGUGCUAGGAGGAGUGGGUGUGCUAGGAGGGGAAUGAGAAUAUUGGUCAUACUAAAAAAGACAUGGCAAUUAUUCUUUAUUUAAAAUAAAAGGAUCAUAGACAAUUGACAAAAAGUAUAAAUAGGUAUACAAUACGAGUCACCAGGUGUUUCAUUCCAAAUCUUCGAACCCCGAACAUUAUUUUGGCUAUUUAAAUAUUUUCUUUUUUGAUAAAUUGUUUUCCAGCAACGUCUAUGUGAAUAAAAAAAAAAAACAAAAAAAGGCUGUUAAGUAAAAUUUUAAUUUUAAAAAACGAUUGUGAUUUAUUUAUAACAUAACGUACCGGCAACGCGCAACGGACUCGCUCUGCUAUCACAAAACCCGACUCACUUAAGUACUAUUUAGUAGUUUAAGUGGUAGGGGACAAGAAAUCUUGCAUGUUAGAACAUUGAACAUUGCCCAAACUUCUUUACCUUAGUGAUACCCAUAUUUAUUUUAUUUAUUUAUUAUUGUACAAAAUACAUAUUGAAAUUAAGCCUAGCUAUAAUACAACACAAACCAACAGUUGUUUUAUUCACUGGCUAUUAUAAUUACUUACACAAUAUUAAAAGCUAAAAAACCAAAAAGAAAAAUAAAAAACAAUCAUUAGCGGGUAGUAGUAAAAUGUGGGAUAAACGUUAAUGUUGCUAUUCCACCACCAUACAAUAUUUUAGAGAUGACCAUUCUUACAAUACUUUAGUGAUGUGCUUCGUGCCUAUCGAUAACCAGUCUAUAAUUUUAAAACUUUUUUUUAAGUAAUAAAAAAUAAAAUGAACAGAUUCAAAUGAAGGUUAAGACCGGAACCAAAACUGGCUUUUUUCCUCAACAUUGCAUGAUUUCUUGUCAUUUUUUUUUAAUAAUAUUUAUUAAGUAUUCUUUAGGUAAGUAUGUGUAUUUAUUUAUUUUUCUAUUGCGUCAAUUUAAAAUUAUAUGAACACUUACCAGUGAAACUGCGUUUUAAUGGAGGCUAAUAGUACCAUUUUAAUUAUCCUGCUAUACAUUUAUAACAAAAAAAUUAAAAUGUCAUUUUUACUACAAACUUUAAGCUCGUUUAAAAAUUGUAAAUUCUGUGAACUAUCCUACCGUGUGCCUUUUUUAAUUUAUGGCAUAUCGUUAACAUUUUUAUAGAGUUACAUACCAUUUUUUUUUCUAAUUUGCCAACCUAAAAAACAGGCAAAGAUCGGAUACAAUACUGCCUAUUCAGUAGUAUUAAUUUUUUUUCUGGUUAGCCUCCAUUAUAAUUUAGCCAUAGGCAAACCUCGUUCUUAUCGUAAGACAUAGAUGUAAGAUUACGCCAUGAUCGCACUUAGUUAUAUAUAACGACAUACAAUGCAUUAUAUUCUAUUUACACUGGUAAAAUGCAUUUUUUGGGGGUUUCACCUAUGGUUUCCAUCUAUGCAUAUAAAUAAAUUUUCUAUUAGGUAUAAAUUUUGUUUUUAUACUGUAAAAAAUAAAACAAAAAAGCUGUUAAUUAACUUAACAGGGAAAAUAUUAUGUAACUAAAAACAGUAAUUGUGUUUUAGCACCAUAUUUUAUAUGCUUUUUUUUGUAUUUUUUUCUAGCAGCAUACUUUUUAGUAACUAUGCAUAAAUAUCAGUGUAAACAGACGUGUAAAUUAUUUGUGCAUUUUGACAACUGUGAUAGAGAGGGUUGUCUAUGGGUGUUCACUUUAUAACUAUUUUUAUUAAGCGCUCCUUGUAUUUUUACUAAUUUCGGAAUUAAAAAUACGAAUCUAUGGUUACAGAAUAUUCUUAGUUCCUGAAUUAUUAUCAGUAUUUCGUGAUCGUUCGUUUUGGCAAGCGUUUGAGAGCUUUUUAUUGUCUCUGCUAAAAAAACUAAGCUAUAAAUGUUUGAUUUUAUUGGAGACAAUAUCAAAUUUACGGGCCAUAACAUAAUUUAAGUGACCACAGACUAAUUCUGCAAGGUACAAAUGUGCUAAUUUAAAUAAAGAACUGUCGAUAAGCUAAUGUUGUUGUCCUUUUUUACAACAUACGUUAAGAAAGAGAUGACACUAGUUUAUAGUAGAUUGAAUUAGCUUCCUAAAGUACUUGAACUGUCAUAGAUAUUAUUUAUUGUCUGUGGUAUGUAUUUCAGUGUAUUUUCAUACAGUAUGUUCACAUUUAUGAGCCGCUUAGGUAUUUUCUAUUAGUUUUAAGCUGUGAGGAAUGUUAUUCUCACUUAUAAGUAGUAUAAGCAUUUACUUGUUUUUUUUCCUAUCUAUUUACUUACUUUUCUAAUGCCUAUUUUUCCAUCCAGUGUUGUUAAUAACCUGGUAGCUAAGUUAUAUGGGUUUUAUAAAUCAAUCAAAAAAUCAAAUCCACCUCUCUCUGUCUAACACAAUACUAUAGAUAGGGAGAGAUGGAGACGAUUCGAAGAUUACACUGUUUAGUUAUAAAAAUAAAAUAGCACCAGGCUUGAGUUGCAAGAGUUCAAACUACAAAUGUAUGAGUAUACUGUAAUAAAUAUUUCAUUGUAUGAAGUUUUGGCUGUAGUGCAGAAUAGCACUAAUUUUCCUAUCUUUUCCUAUAAACUUACAAUUCCAAACCUUCCUGGGAAAUUACGAAAUAUUUGAGAGAUAUAUAUAGUUGUAUGUCUCGUGUAAUUUUACAUCUUUAAACCUAUUAACGUGAUCCGCCCUUUUUUCUAUAUUUUUAUUUUGACUCUGAACUAUUUUUUACAAUUUAUUUUCAUUACUUUAUAGACAAACCAUAUAACAGUCAUCACUCGGUCUCGGGGAGAGACUGCUAUGACGUCAUACCACACUGCUCCUAUACUUCGCGAGCGAGGUAGUUAUGGGGUUUGCCUAUAGCUUUACAAAUAUUUAUGUAACAAGACCUAUGUAUACGAAUAUAUUUAUAUAUAUGAACGGGGGGUACUUGAUUUAUUUUGCUAGCUAGCCGAACAGCGAUUAUAUUGAAAAAAAAAAAACAACGUUACUAAUUUGUUUAGUUGUUGUGAUUCGUCAUCUCUUGAGGAUGCUUCGGUUUCGGAGUAUGUCGAGCAUUUGCUGUAGAUUUUUUGAAAGUAAAUCAAUUGUUCCUUAUCAAAUGAAAUUAGGUUAUAGGUAAGCCUCAAGAAUUUUCAAAACGUAUUAAAACUAGAAUUUUAUACCUACUAUCAAUCUUUUUCUUAGUUUAAUUGCAAAAUCAAAUUGUAAUAUUUUUUGAAAAUUGUUGCUUAUCUAUCAGUUUUUGUAUUCGAAUUUUCGAAAGAUCAUUAACAUCCCAUGUAUUUAAUGUAUUAUUAAUUAAUUACCAUUUACCAUUAAUUUUAAAUAUCGUAUUUUAUAAUCGACAAAAGUAGGAUAUUAAUUGAAUUUAAUAAAUAUGACUCAAUGUCGGUUAUAUUCUUUUAAAAGAAGAAUGCUUGGCAUUAAUUAAACGUAUAAUUAUUACAUAUUGUAAUUUGUUUAGAUUAUUUUAAGGAACGGUAUAUUUGUAACAUUGCUAUUUGAGGAAUUAGAAACAAAACUAUCCAACUAAUAUACCUAUAAAAAAUUGAUUAAAAUCGUCUUGAAAAUAUUUAGCACAAAAUAUUUUCAAAAUUUCACAUUCUAACAAAAAUGUUACAAAGGUAACUUGAGUUCCCUACUGAGUAGGCAUUUCACACCUGUUUUGUUUGAAUAUCACGCAAAAGCGCUGAAAGUCCAUAUCGCAUUGUAAAAAUUACCAAUACAAAAUUUUUAAACGUUCCCUCUAAACAUUUAAGUCCACGAGGCCAUAGAUUUAAAAGCCAAAACUCUGAUCGUGAAAAAUAAAUAAAUGACUCGAGUUCAAGAUUUAUAAUCAUUAUUAUACUUCUUUAUUCUUGGAUUGGACGGGAUUACAGACAGUGCUUUUGCGUGACUCCUCAGUCCUUAUACAGUUUUUCAUUAAAAAUUCUAUUGACCGUUUUAUAAAAUCGAUUUGAAUAUCCUCCGAAUUGAGAAAUCUAUACUCAGAGACACAAUUAUCCGCCCACCCCAUAUUAUAUUUAUUAUAUACUCUCAUUAUAUUACCUACCUACAAUAUCCAAAUUUUUUUUCAAUUGUUAGUCAGUCCGUUAAAAAUCAAAUAGUAACAUUAUUUGAAAUGGCCACAAUCACUGAAGACUUUACUCACUCGGUUUUGUAUCCUUUUUGGAUUCGUAUAAUCGAGUUUUAUUCAUUUUAAUUGCACAAUCAGCUGGAUAUCUUCACAAAUUGCAUAUAAUCUGGACUGAAGUCAUAACUAUCGUAAAAAAAAUUGUAUUAGAUUGAUGAUUAUACAUCACUUACAGUUUAUUAACUUAUACUCAUUCUAGAUAUUACCUAAAUGAUAUUAAAAAAAAUAUUCGUUAUUUGUUAGUGAUUAAUUAAUAAUUACCAGCAGAAAAUAUUAGGUACCUACAUGUAUGUAUGGUAUGUUCGAAGUACUACACUUAUAAGGUAUAUUGAAAAAAAUAAAGAAGUAGAACAAAAAACUAGACAGGCGAUUUUUUCUUUUUCUUUUUCAUAAUUAUUCUUCUUGUUACAACAUGGGCUAAAACUAUCUCGGAUACCUAUAUCUCUAAUCUAUAAAGUGUUUCGAAUCGAUUUUACUAAAAUUUGUCGAACUAGAAUUUUAAUUUCUCAUAAAGUCGAUGUUACAAAAAUGUUUGGAAACUCGUAUUUCCUAAUUAUCGUGUGCUAAUUAGUAUGUGUAGCUAGGUAGGUAAUUAAUUAUUGUAUUACCUAAGUCGAUUACCUACUAUCGAUAUAAAAUAAGAUUUUUUGUUAAAAUAUGUCUUAAAUGACUUAUGUACUUUGUGAAACAUAUUUUUUUAAAUAAAGUUUUUCAAAAAUU